AUGCGCAUUGCGGGCGGCAUUACCAUCGUUCUGAGUCUUGUGGGCGCAGUCUCUGCUAGUCUCCGUCCUCGCUCCCACGAUACCCGCGACUACUUCGCCCUCCACCUCGAUCCUGCCAUCCCUCCCUCUCAGGUCGCACAGGUCUUGGGUGCACGCCAUGAGGGCCAAAUUGGAGAAUUGACCGAUCACCACACUUUCUCGUUACCGCGGGACGAGAACUCUCAUUUGGAUACCCUGUUGGACGAUUGGCGAGCCAAGAGACAGCUGCGCCGGCGGUCGGGCAAUAAGAUUACAUCAAGGUCCAGUAGGAAUCCGCUGGAUGGGAUUCUGUGGUCGCAAAAGCUUGCUCCAAGGCAACGGCUUAAGAAGCGCAUUCCUCCGCCCCCGGUCGCCGCCGUAGCGCGGAGCAACCCUCGCAAUGAUAAGGCGGCAGAACAGGCCCGCGCGCACGUCAUGAAAACGCUGGGGAUUAGCGACCCGAUAUUCGAGGAACAAUGGCAUCUGCACAAUGUUGAGCGACCGGAACAUGACCUCAACGUGACUGGGAUUUGGCUGGAGGGUGUGACCGGCAAGGGGAUCAUAACUGCGGUCAUUGAUGAUGGAUUGGACAUGGACAGCAAAGAUUUGAAGUCCAACUACUUCGCGGAAGGCUCUUAUGACUUCAAUGACGACGAUCCCGAGCCCCGUCCCGAACUUUCGGAUGACAGGCAUGGCACUCGAUGCGCAGGCGAGAUUGCGGCAGCAAAGAACAAUGUCUGCGGUGUCGGAGUCGCGUUUGACAGCAAGGUGGCCGGGAUUCGCAUCUUGUCUAAGGCGAUUGAUGAUGUCCAUGAAGCAGAGGCCAUCAACUUUGGUUAUCAGAAAAAUGAUAUCUACUCCUGCUCGUGGGGCCCUCCCGAUGACGGCGCCACCAUGGACGCACCGGGUGUUUUGAUCAAGCGAGCAAUGGUCAACGGUGUGCAGAAGGGACGUGGGGGGAAGGGAUCUAUCUUUGUUUUCGCGGCAGGCAACGGCGCCAUGUCCGGUGACAACUGCAACUUCGAUGGAUACACCAACAGCAUCUACAGUAUUACGGUUGGAGCUAUUGACCGUGAGGGAAACCACCCUAGUUACUCGGAAUCGUGCUCCGCUCAGCUAGUUGUUGCUUACAGCAGCGGAUCUGGUGAUGCGAUCCACACCACCGACGUGGGUUCCGACAAGUGCUAUUCCAUGCACGGAGGUACUUCUGCGGCCGGUCCACUUGCUGCAGGCGCCGUUGCACUUGCGCUCAGCGUGCGACCAGAGCUGACCUGGCGCGAUCUUCAGUAUUUGAUGGUGGAAACCGCGGUCCCUGUGAAUGAGGAUGACGGAAGUUGGCAAGUCACUUCUUCUGGUCGAAAGUUCAGUCACGACUGGGGUUUCGGGAAGGUUGACACCUAUUCGUUGGUCGCACGCGCCCGGUCAUGGGAGUUUGUGAAACCGCAGGCGUGGUAUGAUUCUCCUUGGCUUCGGGUGCACCGCGAAAUCCCACAGGGCGACAAGGGGCUUCUCAGUCGCAUCAACGUGACUGCCGAGCAAAUCAAGAAGGCGAACUUCGCUCGCCUGGAGCAUGUGACGGUCACCAUGAAUGUCAAUCAUACUCGCCGCGGAGAUCUUAGUGUCGAGAUGCGCAGUCCGGGUGGAACCACCAGUCAUCUGAGUGUUACCCGCGAUGAAGACAAUGCGAAUGCUGGAUAUGUCGACUGGACGUUCAUGUCGGUUGCUCAUUGGGGUGAAACGCCUGUAGGCGAAUGGACGGUGAUUGUGAAAGAUACCGAGGUCAAUAAUGACCAAGGUACUUUCAUUGAUUGGCGGAUCAACCUCUGGGGUGAGGCCAUCGAUGGAUCUAAGCAGCCGCUUCACCCGUUGCCCGACUUACACGAUGAUGACCACCCCUACGAGGAUGCCCCUGUGGCUACGACCACCGUGGCGACAGGACCAACUAAGACAAGCCACCCCAAUCCAGAUGAGCACCAUGACCGGCCUGUCAAUGAGAAGCCUGGGCAGCCAACGCCUACGAAGCCUGCUGCGGAUCAAUCGACCCCAGCCGCCUCCCCGAGCUCCAGCGCAGCCGCCUCCAACUAUAUAUCCUCUUAUCUCCCCAGUUUUGGCGCUUCGAAACGCACCCAGGUCUGGAUCUACGCGUCUUUGGCAAUGAUUAUUGUCUUUUUCAUCGGUUUGGGUAUUUACUUCCAGCUGCAACGACACAAGCACCGUCGCACCAACCCUCAAGAUGACUAUGAGUUUGAGAUGAUCGAGGAUGAAGAUGAGAUGCAUCCCAUGACCGGGGCCCCUGGUCGGUCCCAGCGUCGCGGUGGCGAGCUGUACAAUGCGUUCGCCGGUGAAAGUGACGAGGAGAUGUUUAGCGAUGAUGACGACUCGUACGGGGAUGGCGCAGCCAAUACUCGAGAGAAAGAUGGGGAGCACGAUAUCUCUCAGAACACCCGUCUACUCUCCGAAAAGUAG